GAGCUCAGUUUCAAUCGUUCAACCACGUCGUGUAGGACGACUCCUUCUUCAAAGGUCACAGUUCCUUGUCGAAAAGCUCCUCCACGACGCAUCUUAGUGUUUAUUCGUCAUAAUGUCCGAUUACGGUGAUCACGAAGCUGAGGAUACCGGCUACGACUACGAUGGUGGCGAACCGGAAUACGAUGACAACGAGCCUGAAGACUUCCUAGAACCAGAAGAUGUCGAACCGGAAGGUGACGAAGCUGUUCAUGGGGCCGAAGACGUAUAUCAGGAUGCUGUUAAUGGCGAGCGAACCAUUAUAUCCGGCGACCCUAAUGCUGGUGGUGGUCGAGGAGUGAUGGAACAGCCUCGCGAGAAGAAGAUACCCAACGACCAGCGCUCGACUACACCAUAUAUGACCAAGUAUGAGCGAGCUCGUGUUCUGGGUACCAGGGCACUUCAGAUUAGUAUGAAUGCUCCCGUUUUGGUUGAUCUUGAGGGCGAGACCGAUCCGCUCCAGAUUGCUAUCAAGGAACUCAACCAGAAGAAAAUCCCUCUGAUCAUUAGGAGAUACCUUCCUGAUGGAUACUAUGAGGACUGGACCUGCGAGGAACUGUUGUAAAUUGGUAUGGUCAGGCAGUCAAUCAGUCAGUUUCUUAUUUGCAUAGCGUUUGGUGUUGGUGGCUUUCGAAAGGAAAAAAAGAACAAUAAAGAAACAAACAAAACAAAGCAAGAAACAGUUCACGUGGUGUUGUGUGAAAAAAAUAUACCUCGAGAUCAAGGGUCAACAACGGGAGCUUGUUACCUUCAAGAAUUCGCACAGCUUGGCCAAUCUGCAAUAUCGGAAUAUCUUGCAAUGUAUUCUGCUUUAGGUUGUUGUCAUUUGGAAAUCGCGGAAUCAUGUCAUAAAUGUAAUAUCAGCGAUGAAUAUGGUACAUGCAGGAAGUCUAUCAAUUGCCUUUCUGUUCAUCCGGGACACCUAUACUCGGUAACCAGAAACAUCAGAUAGAAAGCAGCAUGCUGGUUAUUCGCACUGCUCAUGAUAUUUUUCUAACAAGGGCUUGAUUCUCGAAAACUUCCAUCUCAACAGAGCCGAAACAUCCCUUGUCAGAUAGAGCUCAAUAUCAUGUUCACAUAAUCAAACUGGAUCUACCG